UUCGCGAUUCUCAAUCCUCUUCUGUCCAUAGGGGUAUGCCCGUAAUUAUAUCCCAAAGCCAAUGGCCGUUUCAUAUCGUACACCGACCGCCAAAAAAACCCUAGAUACUCACAAUUUUGAGACUCGCACAGAGACUUUUUCCUCUCUCUCUUUGUCAGAGACUCGGAAUGAAUAAUUAAGGCUUGUUGAUUCAUUGCUCCCUUUGUUUCUUUAUCAUUCUCAAGCUUUUCAGGGUUUCCAAGUUUUGUUCCUGUGGAAAGGCUCUGGCUUAUUCCUCGGUUUCUUGAUCGCCAUGUCCAAAAGGGUUCUCUGCAAAUUUUUUGCCCAUGGAGCCUGUUUGAAAGGGGAGCAUUGUGAGUUUUCACAUGAUUGGAAGGCAACACCAAAUAAUAUAUGUACCUUUUAUCAGAAAGGCGCUUGUGCGUUUGGUAGUCGAUGCAGAUAUGAACAUGUUAAAGCUUCUCGGGCUCAGUCUUCUGGUUCGUCUUCAUCACCAAAUUCUCGGCAAUCUCUGGUUGUUGAUUCUUUAUCUCUGUCUCAUCCUUCAAGAACCUCAUCAAGUGGAGUUGCUCUUUCCCCGGGAAUUCUUUCAGAACUCUCUGCUUCAACGGGAAUUCUUUCAGAACUCUCUGCUUCAAGUAGUCCUUUCUUACCUCCCUCUAAGCCUGCCUGGAAUGGUUCCUUGGAUGAUGAUGAUUAUUCUGAUAAUGGUGACAAUGAUGAUGAUGGUGCUGGGGUGACUAGGAGUACUAGGCCAGAAGAUCAUGCUAUUUGUUCAUUUGCUGCAGCUGGUAAUUGUCCUCGUGGAGAAAAAUGUCCUCAUAUUCAUGGAGAUAUAUGCCCCAGCUGUGGAAAACAUUGCUUGCAUCCUUACAGACCUAUGGAAAGGGAGGAGCAUAUGAAGACAUGUGAGGAAAAGCAGAAGCAACUUGAGGCUUUGAAACGCAGUCAAGAAAUAGAAUGCAGUGUUUGCCUGGAACGUGUUUUGUCAAAGCCCACAGUUGCUGAGCGGAAGUUUGGGAUACUCUCAGAAUGUGAUCAUCCUUUUUGCGUAUCUUGUAUUCGAAAUUGGCGUAGUAGUUCACCAACGUCUGGUAUGGAUGUCAAUAGUGCACUGAGAGCGUGCCCAAUAUGUCGGAAGCUCUCAUACUUUGUCAUUCCAAGUGUCAUUUGGUAUAACACAAAAGAAGAGAAACAGGAAAUUAUUGACAGCUACAAGUCAAGGCUCAGGUCAAUUGAUUGCAAGCACUUCGAUUUUGGAAAUGGGAACUGCCCAUUUGGAACUAGUUGCUUUUAUAAGAUUAUAUUCCUUCUACUGUCAUGUGCACGUUUCCAUCUCAAACAUGCAUACAGGGAUGGCCGUCUGGAGGAAGUAGCACUGCGCCAUCUUGGAAAUGAAGAUGGUCAGACAGUGAUAGCUACAAAUAUUAGGCUGUCAGACUUUCUUGCUGAUCUACACAUAAGGUGAAUAACGCCGUUUCAACAUUCCAAUGAUUUUUUUACAUCAAGAACAUAUGCACAGCUCUCAUGCUGGUGUUUCAAUUGCAAGUGGAAUACUCCAGUGGUUUGAAAGAAUUGCUUGCUUGAUGGUGAUCCAGUUUUUGGAGAAAGCAUACAUGUAACAGAAUUCAAAAUAAAAGUAAUUAUGGAGUGGGUGAGCAUAUGUUGAGGAUUUUGACAAUUAUAUUUGUGCCUGUCUGUGGCUUCAAUAAGUGUCUACAGAUUGGGCCAAAAUGAAAUUGAAUAAAGGAUAGGAUGUAUGGAUAGCGUGCCAAUAUCAAACUGGUUGGUUGGGGACUGUAUAUAAAUUAUAAAAAUGGAUAGUGGGAUUCAAAUGGGUUUUUUCUUCAUCAAUGGUGGUGGUGAUAGAUGCUUUGAAUAAAAGACGACGUUUUUGUUUAGAAAAAUGUCGCCUGGGUUAUUGUCAUAUUUAGAUAUUCAUUGGUUUUUCGACCACAUUUUGCCUUCAGAAUAUGAUGUAGCUUUUGUAAUGAUUUUCGUCCAGUUUGGAGUGAAGCUCUACUAUAAUGCAUGUAGUCACAUUUUUAUUAA